AUGAGCGAAACAAUAGCUGCAACAGGCAGCAGAAAUCAGCCUGAAGCCAUGUUUGCAGAGAAGCAAAUUCAAGCCAGUUCUAUCACUGGAUCCUCUUCCUUUGAAAAGAUUGUGUCGGCCUGUACUGGUGCUAUCAUUACAAUGUCAUUCAUGAACCCAUUGGAUGUGGUCAAGACUCGACUUCAAGAGGCUUCCAAGGGAGGUAGCAAACAGUAUACAGGAACAAUUGAUGCACUAUCAAAAAUAUUCAAAAACGAGGGCAUUUUUGCUUUAUGGAGAGGAUUAACACCUGGAUUGGCGAUGGCAUUGCCCUCAACAGCUAUUUAUUUUGUGGGCUACGACUACAUCAGAGAUCACACACGGUCAUCGCAGUUUGCCAACACAGCAUUGGAUACCUAUUCACCUUUAUGGGCGGGUGGAUUAGCUAGAACCAUGGCAGCUUUGGUCGUUUCACCGCUCGAAUUAUUCAGAACUCGCAUGCAAUCAGCUGAAGGUGUGAAUGGAUUUUCAGAUGUUUGGAGAGGUGUGUCAAGGAUGGUACAAAAGGAAGGGCCUCAAGCAUUGUGGAGAGGGCUUUUACCAACCAUGCUGAGAGAUGUGCCAUUCUCCGGCAUUUAUUGGAUGGGCUACGAAAAGAUCAAGCAUCGAUUACAGACACAUCAUGGACUAUCACACUUUCAGACAUCAUUCAUUGCAGGCGCAUCAUCAGGCAUGUUUGCAGCUAUUAUCACCACACCCUUUGAUGUCGUCAAGACACAGCGACAAGUCAGCUCGGAUGCAGAGGAAGCGAGACUGGGACGUAUACUGCGAAACAUUCUACAACGAGAUGGCACAGCCGGAUUCUUUAGAGGUGUUGUGCCUCGCGUUGUGAAAGUGGCACCUGCAUGUGCCAUCAUGAUAUCCAGUUAUGAGAUGGGAAAGCAUUUCUUUGCUAACCGUAAAUCUGAACAACAACCUUAG